UGAAUUUGUUUGCUGAUGAUUUUAUCUGUUUUUGUUGGUUUGUCCACGUUAGGUUUCUCGGGGGCUAUGAUCUCGAAUGUGGCAUUUGUCUUCAGAAAUAUAUUCUCCAAGAAGGGUAUGAAGGGGAAGUCUGUUAGUGGGAUGAACUACUAUGCUUGCUUGUCUAUGCUGUCUUUGUUGAUUCUCACACCAUUUGCCAUUGCUGUUGAGGGACCACAAAUGUGGGCUCUAGGAUUUGAAAAGGCUGUAUCUCAAAUUGGUCCCCAGAUCGUCUGGUGGAUGGCUGCCCAGAGUGUAUUUUAUCACCUCUACAAUCAAGUUUCAUACAUGUCUUUGGAUGAGAUCUCUCCUCUGACAUUUAGUAUUGGAAACACCAUGAAACGUAUAUCAGUAAUUGUCUCUUCCAUCAUUAUCUUCCGUACACCCGUCCAGCCAGUCAACGCUCUUGGAGCUGCCAUUGCAAUUCUUGGAACUUUCUUGUACUCACAGGCAAAACAAUGAAGAGUGGAAUUUGCAUACUGCAUUAGGGAUAAAAGACGUUGAAGAGAACCUUGAGGUGUUGCGAUAACGUCUCUCAGGAUCCUCGGUCUACCCUCACUUUGGGUUGAGCAUGGAACUUAUGAGUAUGUAGAUAGCAAUAAUGAGUUAGAAUUAACUCAAAUCCUAUAGAGUUACUAAGGCUGGUUUCCCUGUUUUGUUAUUAUUCGUAGAGACAUCAACAAGUGUACUAAUAAACUGAAUACUUGGUUGAGAGUGGUAUAAAUUAGUUUAUUUAAGCAUAAACCUUGCAGAA